UUUGUUUCUUUUUUUUUUAUUUACUUAUUUUUCUAUCUCACUUACCUAGGAUGAGUUUAGCCGAAGGAAAAAGCGAGGUAUUUGAAAUUCCAGAUUUCACAGACCAAGCCGUGGUACGAGACAAACUACAGACGACGGUAUGGCCCAAUGAGUUGGAGCAAGACUAUGGCUGGACUUUGGGUGCGCCGACAUGGGCAGUGAAACCACUAGUUCAGAGCUGGGAAACAUUUGAUUGGUCUCGACCCCAACAAGAGAUGAAGCGUUGGCAUCACUAUCGUAUGAACGUGGAUGGAUUACUUGUACAUUAUGUUCACGAACCUUCUACCCAGGAAAAGGCAAUUCCUAUUGUCUUGCUCCAUGGCUGGCCUUCAACCUUUUUCGAGUUCCACAAAUUGAUUGAGCCACUCCGAGAUGGUACAGAGCAACCUUUUCAUGUCGUCGUGCCUAGUUUACCAGGGUUUGGAUUUUCCGAGGCUCCUAAAGUGAAAGGGUAUGGUGUAGCCAAAAUGGCGGGUAUGAUUAACCGUCUGAUGCUCCAUUUGGGUUACCAUAAAUACAUGUAUCAUGGUGGAGAUUGGGGAGCGAUUAUAGGAAAAUACAUCGCGGUACAUCAUAAUGAUCAUUGUAAAGCAUUUCAUACGACUCUGCCGUUUGUUCUACCUCCCUUCCCUACACCAAGAAAUUUGUUAAUGUAUCCAUGGAAAGUAGUCAAGUUUUUCACAAGUUUAGUGGUAGGGUUUGAUAGGGUGUAUGGUAGCGGUAAAACAGUUUUAGGAGGCGCUACAUUUGCCAAUGCAGAACGGAAUGGGGAUUGUGGGUACAGAGCGAUUCAAGGCACCAAACCUUAUACGCUUGCAUUUGGGCUCAGCGACAGUCCCGUAGCACUUCUCUCGUGGAUGUUGGAAAAGUAUCAUGAUUGGACGUAUCACCCCAAGGAUCGCCAAGAUACGGAAGGAUUGCCACGUACGGUUACAGACGAAGAAUUCUUGACACAAGUGACGAUUUAUUGGAUGACGAAUACAAUGUCUUCGUCGAUUCGAUUGUAUUACGAGUGUUUACAACAGAAGGAGAUGAUGAAGGUUGUGUUACCACGGAUUCAGAUACCUGUUGCAGUCUGUGCAUUUGCUCAUGACAUUUCAAGAAUGCCCAAGGAUUGGCUGGAGACUUCGACUGAUCUUCAGCAGUUCAGUGAAAUGGAAUCGGGCGGGCACUUUCCGGGUUUAGAAGAACCAGAAUUAUUGUUGAAUGAUUUACAGCGGUUUGGUAAAAAGAUUCGACAAAAGCAGAUCUUGGCAUAAAAAAGGGAUCGUCCAAACAUUCCGUGAGGAACACGGACUAAGACAAAUUAAAAGGCAACCGUCCUUGUGUUGUACAAAGCGUGUUUGUGGGAAAUAAAAUGAUGACAUGGGCUUUAAGUAAAAAAUAAAAAGCAGCCAUGGAACUAUUUAAAUC